UAAGAUCUAUGGACAAAUCCCAUCCCGAGAAAAAGAAAGUGAAUAGAGGCUCAGUUUCCUCUCUAGUAACUUUUAGAAGUGUACACCAAUUUCACGCUGGUCACAAGACUUGGAGAGGUUAUAUUUACACACUUGUCUCAAAAAUUUGCAAAAUGAUUUCCAUUUCUGUUUUGGAAAAAGUUCGAACAACGCUUGUCACUAGUGUAUUAAGACCGUAUCUUCGAACGAUACGUAACAGCUCCACUGACAAUACCGUGGAAGUUAAUGCAAAAGAGAAAGAUGAUGGCAUAGACAAUGCCGUGGAAGUAAAUGUAGAAGAGGAAGAUGACAUGCCUAUAGAAUUUAAAAAGCUGGGUACAUUGAAACAUGUAUACAAGAAAGAACAGCGCAAAUGUAUUUUGUGUGAACUGAAUAUUGAACCGGACUACAAAAAUGUCAGAUUACUUUCCCAAUUUCAAAGCCGACAUACAGGUAGGAUAUAUGGAAAACACAUCACUGGACUGUGUGAACAUAAACAGAAACGAGUGGAACAAGAAAUUAUAAAGGCUCAAAAUUCAUGCUUAAUGGGCUAUUGGACCAAAGAACCGGAGUAUGUCGAUGACCCACAAUUGUUUGAUCCGAAUCACCCAUUUAGGCCACACAAAUACUAGAUAGAUGAUAAUAGAAUUGUAUAUACUAUUAUUACGUAUUAUCAAAAAUAAAAAUCGAUAAUUCUAGGAACAA